UGGAGCCAAGAAGUGCUAUCCAGAGCAGUACAGUCCCGUGGUGUUAGGGCUGGAAAACGCGACCGAGCAAAAGUGCCGAUUGCCUUAGGGUUGGAGCAUCUACAGCAAACAAAUGGAGACAUUAAUAAAUGCGUAUUAAAACCAGAAUAUAUUGAUGUUUUGGUCCGUACGACUAAUUGCCUACAGUAGCGAAUACAGGUUAAGGCACGUGGGCUACAAGUCAGGUGAGUAUAGUACAACCCAAGAAAGAAAGAAAAAACGAAGACGGGGAUACAAACAAAGUAGGUACAAUUUCGCGUUGAAAGAAGGACACUGCACGAACUUGGAAAAUAUCUUAUGAGCUGCACAAACUGGAUUUAAAGAGACAAAACCCCGAAUCUAACUGUUCUUUUAUAACGAGGAUCCAUUUUCCACGUAAUAUCAUCGCCUCGAAGUAGGCUACAUAUUUUUCCCCACAGUGGAAUUCCGGUGGAAAUUUGUGAAGCAUCCGGAUCCGGAGACGAAAGAAAGGAAAAAGGAAUAUAACGCACAUAUUUGCACUGCUUAGAAUUGUGUCGGAACUGGAAUAAAAUCCAUACGAAAACUUAAAACCUUUACAACGAAAUGGGAAAAGGAGCCUCGCUUGUCCAGUAAUCAUGUAUCCACAACACAGAGAAAGGGAGCAACCCCUCUUUAGUGCCAGGGCGCAUGUCUUCCAGAUUGACCCAGCAACCAAGAGGAACUGGAUCCCUGCCAGCAAGCAUGCUGUUACUGUCUCCUUCUUCUAUGACGCUAACAGAAGUGUCUACCGCAUCAUCAGUGUCGGGGGCACCAAGGCCAUUAUCAACAGUACCAUCACGCCCAACAUGACCUUUACUAAGACCUCUCAGAAGUUUGGGCAGUGGGCGGACAGUCGAGCCAACACGGUGUAUGGGCUGGGCUUCGCCACAGAGCAACAGCUGCAGCAGUUUUCAGAACGCUUCAAAGAGGUGAGGGAAGCUGCACGUCUGGCUCGGGAAAAAUCCCAGGAGAAGUUUGAGCUGACCAACCCUGCCCUGAACAUUGCUGCCCCACAGGACCUGUCUGAAGACCGGCAGUCACCCCCAUUGCUGUGUGUCAAUGGCCCUGGGGAGGACAAGCUGUUCCGUAGCCAAAGUGCUGACAUCGAGCUGUCCUCUGAAAAGGAGCGCAUUAAAAAGAUGCUAUCUGAAGGGUCGAUAUGCGAGAUGAACUUGGAGGCGGAGCUCUUCACGCUGCAGGACAGCAACGCAAAGCUGGUGACCGCACUCCAGGAGGCCAACGCCAGCGUGGAGCAGUGGAAGAAGCAGCUGGCUGCCUACCAGGAGGAAACGGAGAGGCUACGAGAUCAGGUGGCAGAGCUGGAGGCCCAUGGAACUCGGCAGGGUGGGAGUGACAUGGUGAAGGACGAGCUCACUCAGUCCUUGGAGGACCUGGAGGCCCUGCUCAAGGCUAAAGAUGAGGAAAUCCACAUUCUGCAGAGCAAAAAAUCGGAUUUGCGAGAGCUGGAGCAAGAGAGAGAGGAGGCUGUCCGCAGACUGCAGGAGCUAGAGGCACGGAACUCGGAGCUGGAGCAGCGGGUGCAGAGUGCGGAACAGACGCUGGCCUCCUCUCUGGAGGAGCGGGCCCAGACCGACGGCGAGGUGCAGAGGCUCAUUGAGGUCCUGGACGUCAAGAUCUUUGACCUGAACAACCUGCGGCAGAGCCUGGCCAAGCUCAUCGACAAAUAGCCACCACUACACUGAGCCUGGGUACAAUGGAGAGAGAGAGUGACGCAGAGAGAGGGAGAGGUGGAGAGAGAGAGAGCAUGGCCAGAUCUAUUAUAGUAUAAGCACAACAUUUCUGCAGAGGGUCAAAGAGAGAGGGAAUUCCUGCCUGUCUGGAUUCGUCUACAGCAGCAGUCAUUAAAAGCAAAUCAGAUGUUUUCAACAUGUUGACGUUACAGUGCAGUAAAUCCCAAACAGUGUGUUUUCUGUCAUUUUUUCGUCAGUGAUGGAGGGAGUUUUUCAUUAUUACUUUUUUAUUGUCUUAUUGUUGCUUUACUUGAUUAAAUUCAAAGUGGUCUACUAAGGCACCUUUGAAAUAUGAAAAAUUGCCAGUAUUAUCAACAGAGCAAAAGGUCAAAUGUUCACUUAGGUUUAUUAUUACCAUGCCAACAACUGCCAUUGUUUUCACUACAGUCAUUAGUAUUGUCAAUGCUGUCAUUACCUAAUCAACAUGAUUUUUGGAGACUUUGGAGACUCAGAAGCACUGUCUAGCACUGCUGGGAGAUUGAUGUCAUUGGUUCCCUAAUGGGUGGGAAGCGGUCAGUGCUGGAAGCUGGGAAGGUGGCUGAUACCUAUUCCACAGACCUUUCAGUCAUGAUGUAAAUAAAAAAAAUGGUGUAGUGGACAAAACAUGCCAUGUUAUGAGAAUAACCUACAGUGCGAAUAUGUAAAAUAUUUUUAUUUGCACUUAGGUACAUAUAGAAGCUAAUAUCAGUUUACCAUAUUAAAUCUGUGUACUGUAUGUUAUCAAGGAUGCAGUAUUUUUGAUACAUUGGUAGCUGUAAGGUGAAAAUGAAAGUGCCGAGUUCACAAACUACUAUUAUGCUCCGAGACCAAAAGAAACUGCUAAUAAGGCAGGAUUGCAGUUCAAUGUGGUCACAAUGGUUCUUGCUUGGUAUUAUGGUACUAUGUGUGGUGAAAGAGUGAGAUUGUUGUAAAUGACUCAAACUUGUUUUUUUCUUUACAUUGAAAUGUUACAACACUAGUCAUGUUAAUUCCCUCUAAUAUUUUAAUGUGUGUAACUCAAGGUUCUUGUUUAGUAUCACAUCCUUCUUCAUGUGAACAUACAAGUUAAAUGUGUGGUGAAGGAUCAACAGCUUGUUUACAAGGAAUACAACACUAUAUGUUAAAAUGUUUUGCACAGCAUUGAUAAUGUGAUGAUAUACUGGAUCAACUAUCAAGUCUGAACUUUGUGACUUUCGGUGGGGGCAUCUAAAUGUUACAAAAAGCCAUCUUAUUGAUCAAAACUUACCAUCUAAUCUCUCCUCUAAUAUUAUUCCAUGGUUCCAUUUAGACAGAAAGCAGCAGUAUAUUCUUCUGCAAUGAGAAUGUUAAAACCCAGUAACUGCCACUUUCUUUAUAUUACUACUUGCACUCAGUUUCAAGUUCAGAAUAUAGUGUGCACAGGUUCUUUGUUUAACUACAGUGAUAGCCUACAUUCUGUAUGACAGUCCUGACAUUUAGAUGAAAAGUUAGUACUAACACACAAUGUGUUGAAUACUGAGGUACAAAGAGUAAAAGGAAGCACAAGGAGAGAGAGAGAGGUAUUACGUAUAUUGCGGGAGUUAUUACAGGAGUUUAGAAUAUACCAAAGACGCACAUGGAAAUACCACUUUUCUCUUAUAAAACUGGACCUCUCAUUUAUUUCAUCAUGUCUAACUGGAGUGUAGGAAUUAAUCUCACAGAGUACAUCAUAGCUAACCAGAGGAAUGACACCCACGUUAACUAUGAUUCUGACAAAAAAUAUGGUUAGAUGUAAUUUAAGGUAGGCAGAAGAUGUAGUUUGCAAACUUUUUUGUCAAGAUUUUUUAGAGUAGUUAAUCAGAUGAAUGGAACCCACAUUAACUAUAACUCUGACAAAAAAUAUGGUUAGAUUUGUAGUUCAUGUUAAACAGAGAAUUCCUUGUAGCUUGCAAACUGUUUUGUCAAGAUUUUUUAGAGUAGGUAAUGCUGUCUGUAUAGUUAACAUCGGCAACCUGAUUUAACUUUAUCCUGUGAAAAAGGAAGCUUUUAGCUAGACAGUAAUGGAUAUAUAAUUGCUUGCAUUUGCUGUGCUCUCUGCCCUGACAACUGUGUAAAACUACAGAUAGGAUUUUAUAUACUGUAAUGCGAAAGCAGAAAGAAGGGACUGUAUGGUAUGUUGUGAAUAGAGCACUAUUCAACACAUUUUUAAAAAUAUUUGUCUGAAAAAGGACACAAAUGACGCUCUUUCAUAGAUUAAAAUCAGAAAAGAAUCGUAAGAUGUCUCUCUACUCAACUACAAUUACAUAAUAUAUCUUUACAACAUGAGUACAGAUCACUAUGGUGCCAUUGCGUGUGGGUUUUUCAUGGUCUCCCUCUUAAGAAUUAAAGUGUAUUUCAUAUGUGAUUAGAGCUUUUGUAUUCCCCUGAUGAAUCUUCUAUUCUAAUCACACUGACAAAUAAAGACUGAACAUUCUA